AUGAAGAUGGGAGAGCAAAAUUUAACAGGCCCUGAAGCUGGAAAAUCCCCUGAUGCUAUGGAGGCUGGGAGCAACUGCAAAUUCUGGGAAAGAACAGUACACAAGAUCCUCGGUGAAGAGGAAACCAUCACUUCUGAGAUACGGUGCAAGGCCUUUAGGCAGUUCAGCUACCAGGAAGCUGAGAGCCCGCGAGAGGUUUGCAACCGACUUCGCCAUCUUUGCUGUCAGUGGCUGAAGCCAGACCAAAACACAAAAUAUCAGAUCCUGGACCUGGUGAUCCUGGAACAGUUCCUGACUAUCCUGCCCUUGGAGAUUGAGAGCUGGGUUAGAGAAUGUGGACCAGAGACCAGUUCCCAGGCAGUGGCCUUGGCAGAAGGCUUCCUGCUGACUCAGCCAGGGAACAAGACACAGGCAGAACAGGCACGAGGCCUGUUAGCAGAAGUGGAUUUCCCUGAAUUGGAGAAAACUCCAUCGGACAUCGAGCAGAGGGCGCUGUGCAAGGGAAUCUCCAAAGAGGGGGAUAGUGGUACCAGCUUUCUUGGUGGUGCAAUGACACUGGCAAUACGUUCCAAGUUGCCUCCCCCUUGUAGUGGAGUGGAAAUGGCUUCUGUGCAGCCUGAUCAGGGUCUGCUGUUCUUUGAGCAGGUGGCUGUGUAUUUCACCGAGGAGGAAUGGGCUCUCUUACGUCCAGACCAAAGAGCCCUGCACAGGGGAGUCAUGGUGGAGAAUUUUCAGAAUGUGGCCUCCCUGGGCAAUAAACAGGCCAAAGAAGUUCUGUCAGAAAGAGACAGAUGUAAAGAAGGAACACUAAAGAGAAGGAAAACUGAUGUUAAACAAAAGUGGAAUCAAAAAUCUAUUCCCUUUCAGGGUGGUGAUUUCCAUACUAUUCAAAUCAAAGAAAAAGCAAAGAAGAUCAAGAAAAGGACUAAGUCCUCUGUGUAUGGGAAAAGCUUCAGAUGGAAAUCAAGACUUAAUGCUCGCUGGAGAAUUCACACUGGAGUGAAACCCAAUACAGGUUCUGAAUGUAGAAAAAGCUUCAAUCAGUGGAUAGCCCUUACUGCACAUCAAAGAAUGAGCACUUCAGAGAAUCCUUAUGAAUGCUUGGAGUUUGGAAAGAGCUUCAGUCUAAGUACAUCCUUUACAAGAGAUCAAAGAAUUCACGAAGGAAAUAAUUGCUCAGAUGCAGGAUGUAAUAUAGAACAACUUAAACAACAUGAUAGAAUUCACACAGAGGAGAAUCCAUAUAAAUGCUUGGAGUGUGGAAAGAACUUCAAUCUGAGCACAACCCUCACUAGACAUCAGAGAAUUCAUACAGGGGAAAGACCAUAUGUAUGUUUAGAGUGUGGAAAGAGCUUCCUUCAGAGAUCAGGCCUCACUAUCCAUCAAAGAAUUCACACAGGGGAGAGACCAUAUGAAUGCUUGGAGUGUGGAAAGAGGUUCCGUCAGAGGACAAGCCUCACUACACAUCAUAGAGUUCACACGGGAGAAAAUCCACAUAAAUGCUUGGACUGUGGGAAGAGCUUCACUCGGAGCACAACCCUUGCUAUACAUCAAAGAAUUCACACAGGUGAGAAACCAUAUGAAUGCUUGGAGUGCGGAAAGAGCUUCAGUUUAAGUGCAUCUUUUAUAAGACAUCGAAGAAUCCACACAGGAGAAAAACCAUAUAAAUGCUCAGACUGUAGCAUGAGUUUUCCUAAUUUAGAAUCCCUUAAAGAUCAUCAUAGAGUUCACACAGGGGAGAAUCCAUAUAAAUGCUUGGAGUGCGGAAAGAGCUUCACUCGGAGCGGAACCCUUACUAGACAUCAAAGAAUUCACACAGGGGAGAGACCAUAUGAAUGCUUGGAAUGUGGAAAGAGCUUCUCUCUGAGGUCAGGCCUAACUAUCCAUCAAAGAAUUCACACUGGGGAGAAGCCAUAUGAGUGCUUGGAGUGUGGAAAGAGCUUCAGUCAGAACAUAACCUUUACAAGACAUCAGAGUAUUCACACAGGAGAAAAGCCAUAUAAAUGCUCUGAUUGCAAUAUGAGUUUUUGUGAUAUAUCGUACCUUAAAAAACAUUAUAAAAUUCAUACAGAAGAGAGAGCCUUUAAGUGCUUGGAGUGUGGAAGGAGCUUCACUCAGAGUGAAGCCCUUACUAAACAUCAAAGAAUUCAUACACGGGAAAGACCAUAUGAAUGCUUGGAGUGUGGAAAGAAGUUCAUUCAGAACACAGCCUUUACAAGACAUCAAAGAAUUCACACAGGAGAAAAGCCAUAUAAAUGCUCUGAUUGUAAUAUGCGUUUUUGUGAUAUAUCAUACCUUAAAAAACAUUAUAAAGUUCAUACAGAAGGGAGAGACUAUACAUGUUUGGAGUGUGGAAAGAUCUUCAGUAAGGGAGCAGCUCUCACUUUACAUCAAAGACAGCACACAGAAGAAUUAAAGUAUAAAUGCUUGGAGUAUGAACAGAGAUUCAGUCUCCACAUAGGUCUUAAUGGACAUUAA